UACACAAAACUGUAUAGUUUGUUAAUCUCAUUGUUAAGUUUGUUAGAUUGGGAAAAUUGAUUGAAUCUGUUUUUAAGGUAUGGCUAUGGCUGCCAAAAAGGUGGAAACUUGUUCAAUUAAUAGCCUACCAGAUGAGGUUUUGGGUCAGAUCCUGUCGUUAAUCCCUACGAAACUUGCUGCUUCCACGUCAGUUCUCUCAAAACGGUGGAGGAAUCUGUUGCCUCUGGUUGAAAACCUUGAUUUCGAUGAGUCCAUGGUCGUUUAUCCAAACAAAAGAAGAACAUCAGCAACUAUUGGUGAUGGUGGUGGCUUCCUUGAUUUCGUGGAAAGAACCCUUGUAUUGCUUGGUGAUUCUCCCAUCAAGAAAUUCUCUAUGAAGUGGAAAUCUCAAAUCGACUACUCACGGUACAACGAUCUGAUCCGCAAUGUGCUCGAUCGCGGAUCUCUGGAACUACACUUGUCAUCAACAUCCUAUCAAUAUAUAAAGCCUGAGUUCUUCUUCAGCAAGACGUUGGUUAAACUCACUCUUUCCCAUGGAUGUUACUUUCAAGAUACUCUUCCUCCCGACGGUGUGCUUUUCCCUGCACUCAAAACUCUCUCUUUCGUUCAAGUGUGUUUUGAUUCUGGAGAUGCCGACCCUUAUGACUGCCUCCUCACCUGUUGCCCUUUGCUUGAGGAAGUUAACAUAUUUGCUGGUGAUCCUUUUGAAAUGGGGGGUUGGAGAAGAUAUAUUUGGAGUUCACCCAUCCAGAGACUAUCCAUCUUUUACCGUUUUCAUGAUUUAGAUGCCCACGACUCGGUUAUCAUUGAGACGCCAAGUCUUGUGUACCUUGACUACUCUAGCUAUGUCUCAGAAGAUUAUCAGUUUCAAAUGGAUUCGCUUGUCGAGGCUAGACUGGAUCUUAUUCUGUGGAAGUAUAAUGAUUAUAUCUCACCAGUAGAUGAAUAUUAUGGGUAUGAUUCUACAAAGGGUGAUGCCUGGGGUGAUGCAACCAAACUCAUUGAAGCCAUAAGGAAUGUUGUGACCCUCCACUUGUCUGCUGAUUCUCUUGAGGUGUUUCAUUGCUGCUGUAAAUCUAUGCCUGAGUUCAACAACCUCGUUAAGUUAUCUUUUGAGAGCCACGAGGAACGUGAUUGGCAAGUAUUGCCACUUCUGCUCAAGAAAUCUCCAAACCUAGAAACUCUAGUCCUUAAGGGUCUUGUGCACAAGAUUACAAAAGGAUGUGGGGGUGUAUGCCCUUGCAAACGUGUGAGGAAGAAGAGGAAGAAGAAAAGAAGUUGUUUAUCCUCGUGUGGAGCGAAGGUGCUAAAGGUUUAUGGGUAUGGAGGAAGUUGCAGAGAAUUGAAACAGAUGAGACAUUUCAUGGAGAAUUUGAGGUGUCUUGAAGUUGUGAAGGUCCAAGUUGAUAAUGGAGAUAAAAAGUACGCGGAUGAACUAACAAAGCUCCUCCAGACAGCUUCUUCCAAGUGCAAGAUCCAAUUCAUUUGAGUUUGUCCUGUUUUCAUUUAUUCAUAUAUGUUGUCUUCUUUCUUUGGAUCCUCAUUCUUCUCCUUUGAUGAAAGAUUUCAGAGUUGAGAGUCAAUGCUACGGAA